UAUAGCUUGGCAGCUGCAGGUACUUUCAGCUUUUCAAUUGUUCCUUUAACUCUUCGACAGUGAGCAAGAAGUCAAGCCAUUUUAACGCCGUUGUACGCAUGGUGCAUCAAAUCAUGGGCUCCUCCAACCUGCUCGUCGUUUUUGUACACGCCACCUCAGUGCUCGUGGCGCCUCCUCGUGCUGCAGGUAGUCUGUGCACUCCGAACUUCUGCUCGAACGUGACGUGCAAGCCGAUCGAGGCCAGCGAGUGCAACGGGAAGGUGGAGCCCAACGCCAGUGACUGCGGCUGCUGCGAGCAAUGCAUCGUGCCGCUCGACGAAGGUGACCUGUGCUUGUCCUUCGUGAAAUUCGGUUCGCGAAAGUGGCCCGACUGCAAGCAGGGCUUGAAGUGCAACGAAACCACCAUGAGGUGCGACAAGAACAGCACCCGCCUUAUUUCGGGCAACUACAACGAGCACGCUGCCACAACGGAUGUGUUCACCAUGUUCCUAUAAUAUAGCUUGCUUGAGUCUAAUA